UAUUUACUGUCUCUGACUUACUCAAAGUGACUGAUUUGUUUGAAACGGUCUAAAAUAGUUGUUUGUUUAUGAACAUAAUAUUAAAAUAAUAAACAAAAAUUCAGUGCGUGGUUUUAUACCUGUCGUUUGACGUUGUUAGGGAUCAGAGCCUUGACGAACAAUCUCAUCGCAUUACUGUGUAAUAUUAAACUAGUGAGAAUCAGAAAUACCAAAAACCAGUACUAAAAUGGACGAUUAUAACGGGACCAUGAUUAAAAUAGAGGAAGACGAGGACGUAAAACAGUAUUUCAACAAAGUCUUAGUGAAAAUACCUGAGCUGAAUCACAUUAAUGAUAUACGCAACAAUUCUCCGACAAACCAUAAUGGUUAUCAAAAAACAAUUGACGAGUAUGCAUACAAACUUAAUGAAGCAGGAGGUAUUAAAAUUGAAGUUGGAGAAACGGGCGAUUAUCAUUAUAAGUCUAUUUUUGAAUUAGAAGAAGAAAACAAACAAGGGCAAGAGCAACAAAAUACAAUCGACGCUAAUGAAUACGAGUAUUCUGAAUCAAAAAUCAAAAUUGAAGUGGAAACGUAUGAUAACUACGAUACAGUGUUCAAAAUUGAUAAAGUCGACGAGGGGAACAAUGAAAUAACUGAAACCUUUACAAAAGAAACAAAAUCGACCAACAUUGAAAAAUCCAAUAAUAGUUGCGUCACAGCACAGAACGAACUUCUAAAAUCAUUUGACGGGAAUAUUUAUAAUAACAGAGAAGUGUGCAAUACAACGUUGGUUAAAGUCGAAGUUGAUUUGGUAGAUGGACAUUAUUACGAAUCCUUGAUUGAAGUUGAAGAAAAUGGGCUUUUGGAUUUGCAAACGACCGCCCAACGCAUACCUCUAUCACAUAGUGCAUAUUCAUCGACCCAGGAAAGAUCUACAAAACAGGUCUUCAAUAAAAAUAUUUUCGUACACUCUGAUGAGAAGCCCUACAAGUGUGAGGUGUGUUCUAAGCCAUUUUCAAAAAAAUCUGGCCUAAGAGAUCACGAGCGCGUGCACACCAGGGAAAAACCUUAUAAGUGUGCUAUUUGCUUAAAAUCAUUUUCACGUAAAAGCUACCUCUCAAUACAUGGACGAGUACACACUGGCGAAAAACCCUAUAAAUGUGCUGUAUGUUUUAAGUCGUUUACUGAUAAAUCAUACCUUACAAAACACAACAAACGCGUACACUCUGAUUGAUUACCCUCAAAAAAAAUGUUUACUCAAGUUUAUUUUCUCAAUAAUCGAAGUUUUUAAAUUUUAACUUAAAAUUAUAUAGUAAUAUAUUUUUUAUUUUAUUACUAACAUAAAAAUGUGUAUAUGUGCGUUACUUAUUUCAAUCAAUGUUUAUUGAAACGUGUUUAUAUACUUCUGGAGCAAAAUGUAUUUUUAAUUAUAUUGUUGGAUAUUGUGUUUAAUCAGUGCACGUUAAAUAUCGGAAGCUACU